GUUUUCUUUUAUUUACUUUGUUUAAAUUAUGUCAUCGUUGCCAUUUAGAGGGUCAGUUUCAUACAGAAACAAUAAUAUAAAUAUUGUAAAGUUUGGAGUAAACGUAAAAAUGAAAUUAAAAAGAAUAAACCACGGAGUGGUGAGGAUAUAUUUCGAAAACGACCAAGGAAACCACAUCCGAAUACCUUCCGGUAUUAGGUUGUGGGAUACAUCAAACAAUGUUGGUAUACGACGUGAAAGUUUAGGAGGUUACCAAUUUUUCUCAAUCUCAUGGGUACAUGAUUACGAGAUGACGUAUAAUGGGGAAGCCGUAUAUGUGUUAACUAACCAGAAGCAACAAUCAGCGCAAGGUUCCGCAAUAUUCACCUAUUCAGUUGAAGAGAAUGGGUCAGACUCAGAAGACCAUACGGAUAAUGAGAGUGAAUCAAGCAGUGAAAUGAAUGGAAACGAUGAGACGAAUGGGGACGAUGAGACGAACGGGGAUGAUGAAACAAAUGGGAACGAUGAGACGAACGGAGACGAUGAGACGAAUGGGAAUGAUGAGACGAAUGAUGAGGAUACAGAUGGCAUGAGCGAAUGA